AAAGUUGUGAGACUUGCUGGAGGAAGUGGGGAGAGAGGAGUCGGGGCUGUGCCGCGGGCCGAAGGCGGAGAGAUCUCAGGUGACCCCUGGAAGUGCCUGUGGCUGGAAAGGAGCCGAGCGCCUGCAAGAAAGGAGGGACCUGCUCGGAAGUUCGCUCCUACCUGAGCCGGGAACUGAAGUUGCGGGUCGCGCAGCCCUUCCCCUGCCUGGUGGCUCUGGUGGCCGCGUCUGCGCCCCAGCCCUGAGGAUCCGGAUGGCCGUGAGGUGGACUUGGGCAGGCAAAAGCUGCCUGCUGCUGGCGCUUUUAACUGUGGCCUAUAUCCUGGUGGAACUCUCCGUCUCCACUUUCCAUGCGUCCUCUGGAGCUGGCCUUGCCUGGGAGCGGGGUCCAAGGCAGCUCGCAGACCCGGAGGAAAUGGCAGGGGAUUUGUCUCGACCGCUUUAUGAGAAGCCCCCUGCGGACUCCCAUGCACUUGGGGAGUGGGGGAGAGCCAGCAAACUCCAGCUCAACGAGGCUGAACUGAAGCAGCAAGAAGAACUCAUUGAGAGAUAUGCCAUUAACAUUUACCUCAGUGACAGGAUUUCCCUGCACCGCCACAUAGAGGAUAGAAGAAUGUACGAAUGUAAAUCCAAGAGUUUUAACUAUAGGAGACUUCCCACCACCUCUGUGAUCAUUGCUUUCUAUAACGAAGCCUGGUCGACUUUGCUCCGCACGAUCCACAGUGUUUUAGAAACUUCUCCUGCAGUGCUUUUGAAGGAGAUCAUCUUAGUCGAUGACUUGAGUGACAGAGUUUAUUUGAAGGCACAACUUGAAACGUAUAUCAGCAAUCUCGAUAGAGUCCGCUUGAUUAGAACAAAUAAGCGGGAGGGACUGGUUAGGGCCCGCCUGAUUGGGGCCACUUUUGCCACUGGUGAUGUUCUCACUUUCCUGGAUUGUCACUGCGAGUGUAAUUCUGGUUGGUUGGAACCACUCUUGGAAAGGAUUGGUCAAGAUGAAACAGCAGUUGUUUGUCCUGUUAUAGACACCAUUGAUUGGAAUACUUUUGAAUUCUAUAUGCAGACUGGAGAGCCCAUGAUUGGCGGGUUUGACUGGCGCUUAACGUUCCAGUGGCAUUCUGUCCCCAAACACGAAAGGGACAGGCGGAAAUCGAGAAUUGACCCAAUCAGAUCACCCACCAUGGCUGGAGGACUGUUUGCUGUCAGCAAGAAAUAUUUCGAGUACCUCGGAACAUAUGACACUGGAAUGGAAGUGUGGGGAGGCGAAAACCUGGAGCUGUCUUUUCGGGUGUGGCAGUGUGGAGGUACAUUGGAGAUCCACCCAUGUUCCCACGUGGGCCAUGUAUUCCCUAAGCGGGCACCAUAUGCUCGGCCCAAUUUCCUACAGAAUACUGCUCGGGCAGCGGAAGUGUGGAUGGAUGAGUACAAAGAACAUUUCUACAAUCGAAACCCUCCAGCAAGGAAAGAAGCUUAUGGUGAUAUUUCUGAAAGAAAGUUACUACGCGAACGGCUGAAGUGCAAGAGCUUUGAGUGGUAUUUGAAAAAUGUGUUUUCAAAUUUACAUGUUCCAGAGGAUAGGCCAGGCUGGCACGGAGCUAUUCGCAGUAUGGGGAUCUCUUCUGAAUGUUUAGAUUAUAAUUCUCCUGACAACAACCCCACAGGUGCUAACCUUUCACUGUUUGGAUGCCAUGGUCAAGGAGGCAAUCAAUUCUUUGAAUAUACUUCAAACAAAGAAAUAAGGUUUAAUUCUGUGACAGAGUUAUGUGCAGAGGUUCCUGAGCAAAAAAAUCAUGUUGGAAUGCAACAUUGUCCAAAAGAUGGGUCCCCUGUUCCAGCGAACAUUAUUUGGCAUUUUAAAGAAGAUGGAACCAUUUUUCAUCCACACUCAAGACUGUGUCUUAGUGCGUAUCGGACACCAGAGGGCCAACCUAAUGUUCAGAUGAGAACUUGUGAUACUCUAGAUAAAAAUCAAAUCUGGAAGUUUGAGAACUAGCAGGGCACAAUAGCACUUUGGUUCUGAGCAGAGGAUACAUUCAGGGGAGUCAGAGCCUCACUGAAGAUUGUAUUUUAUCAGAAAUCACCCAGUGGUCAUCCGUGAGAGCUCUGUAUAAUCUGUGGUUCAUUUUGGUGUAGAAUACUGAAACUGAGUGCCCAGAGAGCUGUUGUUUAAUAUUUGAAAGUGCCUUAUAGGUUGCUUUAUUUCAGAACUCUUGUCAAUACGGUUUUUUACUUCUCCAUAAAGUGGACUGUGAAUUGAGAUACACAAAACAUUUAAGUGCCAGAUUUGAUGUUAAAGAAUGUAAAAAUCCAAGCAAAAUGAAGGAUGAUUUAUGUUGGAUGAUUCAAUUCUCUGCAUGUCCCAUUUUUUUAAACAAAACUCAUGAGUGUGCAGUUUGUGCUGUUGCUGUUUUGAUUGUACAUUGAAUUUAGCUGAGACAUUAAAUUUUAGGUUGUGUUUAUUUUUUUAUUCUAAUUUUCCUUUAAUCAAAUGGAAAUCAAAGAAAGAUGAUUUUUAAGGAGAAAGGCCUGGUUUAGAUAUAUGUGUUAUUAAAAGAGUCCGUUAGUUUGAAUGGGAGUUGGGAGGUCUUUCCAACGCAUAGACAUCGCAGAAAAAUAUACCAAUACCUGAACGAAAUGGGGAGAUCUCUACAUUCCACACUUUGUAAACUUGAGCUACUGUACUUAACUAAUCUAUACUGAUACCUCGAAUCGCUCUGAUUUUGUAAGCUGUCCUGUCUGUGAACUUGCUUGUGUGUUAAGGCAUUUUCUGAUUGCACUCCCUUAAGUUGUGAAUGUACUAGAGAGAGACUCAUUCAGAAUACUGUACUUCCUUCCUUUUGUUAAUGCUUAAUCACUUAAAGUAAAUACAACUGAGGCCUCUCUGAAGUUUAACCCAGUUGUGUUUACUGAAAUGUGUGAAACUGAAAGUGGGUCUGGUUUUUACAAAGGCUGCAGAACUCUGCUACAGAGUUCUUGCUGAUAAGGGCAUUUAAGGAUUUAUCUUAAGAAAAUAAGGAAAAAAAGACUCUUCCACCAUGGUGAAUGCUGCCUUCCAGCUUGUUUUCAGCACCUACCACCGAGCCUGGCACUUGGGCAGCUUUCAGGAAGUAGGAGGAUGAAUAACUGAAUGAAUGAAUAGCUCAGCCAAGAAAUGUGACUUUGGUGGAGUCCUUUGACCAAAUGACUCCGUUUUGGCCUCCGUUUCCUUAUUUGCAAAAUGUGUGUGCUGGAUUAGAUCUUGACAAUCCCUUCCAGCUCUGAAAUGUUAUGAUAGUACGUUACACCCUUCUCAGAUUCAGCCAUUGUGCAAUCUUUACCACACUUUAUCUCUUCACUUUUGACAUAGGUAAUGUUGUUGAACAACAUUCAGUCCAGUUAUGAAGCUGGAAAAGAGAAAUGGUUUUAAAACUCAAGUGAGCUGAGCUCACCUGAAGUGGUUUAUUCAGAAUUGAAUGGAAAGUUGUCGUGGUCAGUGUUUGUAUUCAUUUCAUUUUGAUAAUUGUUGAACCAAGUUUUGUUUUUAUCUUUAAUCUUUCAAACUUUAAAAGUAAUCUUUUGGGCUAAGAAUAUAAAUAUUUCCCAAACUAAACUAUUUGAGAAGUAUACAUACUUAAGCAAGAGUAAUUUUACUGGUUUUAUUCCAAUGUUGUAUCCAGAAAUCACAGGGUAAAUUUAGAAUUAAAUCUCAAUUAGUUCACUUUGGCCUAGAGUUAUGAAAAAUGUGUGCUCCAUAAAGAAUUAGUUCAUAAUAUUCAUAAGUAGUUUUCAGUGUCUACUUAAUGAUUUAAUGAGAGUAGGAACGUCACAAAAUCUGAAUUAAAGAAGAAUUUUUAGGCUAGCCAUUUCAGAGAGUAAAAUUGCUAUGUAUCUUGAAUAUUUUGUUUCUUUUUUACUUCUUAAAAUGAAAAUGUGUCAGUAACUUUCUGUCAGUUAUCUUGCCACUGUAAAGUUUAUCAAAGAGUUGUCCAGAUUUCAUGUGCAAUGUGCAUGGCCCUGGGUGUUAUUUAAGGAGGAUUUAUAAUGCUCCUAAUUUUACCAAAGGGUUGAUUGACAACAGAUAUUCUCCGAAACCUACCCUUUCCCCUUGCUCAGUCUGCCCUUUUGUAAAAUUAAAUCUCCCUUUUAAAAUUUAUUUGUGUCGUUCUUAGCCCCCUAUCAAAUGGGGGAACUAAAUUUCAUAUAUUCUGGAAGUACUUACUGGAAUUAUUUUUAUUCUGGUAUCUUGCUGCUCAUGUCAAAAGGGAAAGAGAACAUUGAAAAGUAAAGUAGUACAUAAUUCUUUACUUACUUUUUGUCUAAAUUUCAGAGUGUAACCCAUUACUCUUUUUGAAAGAAAGUUUAGGCUGGUGCUUUAUAGCAAUGAUUCAGAACAGUGAGGCUGUUCAUUCCUCACAGCAGGAUAGGUAACAGAAGAAUCAAAUUUUCACAUGUUCACACACAGCCAUUUCCAAUUUAAUUCCGAAAACAUACUGUAAAAACACAAACAAAAUAUAUUUUGAUGCCCUGCUUCUAAUUUAUUGGUACCAAAGUUUUCUUUUGCUGUGGGCAAUUAAAAGUUGACCUUUCAAGUUUAUGUACAUGCUUAAUAACAGUUUUAGUGAAAUAUUUGGUAGACAAGAAGUUUCAACUUUAAGUGGUUGCCACUAUAUCAUUUAGUGUCUGAUUCUAUGAAUAGUUUCACUAUCUAAAUAGUCAUUUUUAGAAGUCAUUAAAAAAAAUAAGCUAGUCAUCUGCAGGAUCUCUAUAACUCAGAAUUUUUAAUCUUGUUUGUAAAAGAAAAUGUGUCUACUUGCCCAGUAGUAGGCUCUUGAGUGUUCAUUGUAUGUUGGCAAAUCAAACUUUUCUAGAUUGAAGACAAAAGAUUGUUUUUAAGUUGGGUAGUCCUAUUUGGUUUAGGGUCUCAGUUUUAAUUAAUAAAAUACUUAGUUUUGACUUCUUUAUCUUUCAGAAUUACUGUUUUAGCAAUAUUUUUAAAUGAGCACAGAGAAUGUUGAGGUUCAAAUUAAUCUCUUUUGAAUGAUGAAUUUUCUGUAUUAUGAGCGGUUUCCAUCCUUUUUUCCUUUUGUUGAUGGUAUUUGCAAUGUUGAUUAAGGU